AUGCGGUUACCUUUUCUCUUUGCCCUCUUGUGCUCAAUCCAUACUUCAGCAUUUCAAAUCUUGCAAACGCAACAAAUACAGGCAACAAUAUUGAGUGCGACCCGCCGAGAUUGGCUUUCCGGAGUGGUCACUGUGUGUGGAACGAUUGCUGUCGGAAGCAUGAAACCUCAGGAGACACAAGCAAUUGGUCCCAUUCGCAUUGACCUGCUGAAUCCCGAAUAUUCUGCGGUUCCCUGCCCAAAGGACAAGCCUAUACCUGGAGAAAAAGCGAUGAAGGGGAUGCGUCCAAUGUGCGUUACGGUGGAAGUUUCGCUCGAAAGUAUUCCGGAGAAGGAUAUUGAAAAGGUUGGAGUAUAUGGAUUCGUAACUGACAAGGCAACAGGGGAAAGCGUCUUGGCCAACAAUCCUGAUCUUUCAACAGAUGCUGGUCAGUUUGCUAUCGUUCCAGAAAUCAAGAAAACAGACAAAAAGAUUGCAUUUGAAUUCAUUGCGGCAGUGCCGAGGGAGAUGGACACAAGUCUUUACCCCAAUGGGAUCGCGCCGCUUCAAUUUGACAGUCUUCGAGUCGUCAGUUUUCCAGGAGGCCAACAAUAUGGAGCCAUUAAUCCUUGUGAAAUGAAUGAGUUCAGUGAGGAGUGUGAGGUCUGGGAAAACGAGAACGGAGAAUAUGUGAAAGGAGAUUAUAUGGUAAAGAGCAAUCCAAGGACAAAGGGACGCUGA